AUGGGGGAUAUUUACAUGCCACGCCCUCAAGGUCCCGAAGUGAAGAUGAAAGACGCUACCCACGUUUUGGAUUGGAUCGCCACCUACUCUUGCUUGCAAAAAUUACCCAGAAAUAUCUUGCAGAGAUCUGUGACGGGUGUGGUCGUGGAGCAGGAUGCUAAUAUAAAUUAUGAUGGCUCUUCGAAGGCUAAGACCAAGGCAAAGACCUACUAUUGGGAACAUUCGACAUCGUUGUAUUUCGCACGUGCGUAA